AUGCAGGCAGACGACGUGAUAUGGUCCGCGAUCGGCCAGUCCUUCUGCUCCUAUAAAGUCAAAACCGCGACACAAAACUUCUGCCGGAAUGAGUACAACGUUACGGGGUUUUGCACGCGUCAAUCAUGCCCGUUGGCAAAUUCGCGAUACGCGACGGUGCGCGAGAAGGAAGGGGUGUUGUAUCUGUGUGUGAAGACUAUUGAGAGGGCACAUAGUCCGAAGCAUAUGUGGGAGAGGAUAAAGUUGAGUAAUAACUACUCGAAGGCGCUCGAGCAGAUCGACAAGGAGCUGCAAUACUGGCCGAACUUCACCGUGCACAAGUGCAAGCAGCGCGUUACGAAGAUUACACAGUACCUCAUCAAAAUGCGCAAGCUGAAGCUACGAGAACAACCAAAACUCGUCGGUAUAAAGAAGAAACAAGACCGCCGCGAAGCCGUUCGCGAGCGCAAAGCCCUCUCCGCCGCCCAUCUCGAACGCGCAAUCGAGAAAGAACUCCUCGAGCGCCUGAAAUCAAAGGCGUACGGCGACGCGCCGCUGAACGUGAACGAGUCGGUGUGGCAGGCUAUAUUGGAUAAGGAGCGGGCGAGAGAGAAGGGCGUGGAGGAGGGGGUUGAGUUGGAGGAUGAGGAGACGGACGAGGAGGAAGAGGAAGUUGAGGAGGAGGGAGAGUGGGGCGAGAGGGAGUUUGUUAGUGAUAUUUCUGGCGAUGAGGAUGGGUUGAGUGAUUUGGAGGAGGUUGCGGAAGGGGGGAGUGCAAGCGAUGAAGACGAGGACGACGAUGAGGGGAGCGAUGAAGAUGACGAAACUUCGCGCAGACCGCCGAAAUCGUCCCUUGGAAAGCGCAAAGCCGCAUUUCCGCAACGGAAACCGAAACGUGGACCCAGAGUUGAGGUCGAGUACGAACAGGAGACGGAGGCCGUUGGUGCGAGGAGACAGGCUAUGCCUGCGUGGUGA